UAUUAGAAUCCAAACACUUGAAGAAAUAGAUUGAGAUCUAGAGUCUAGAUUUAGCUACAUCUAGAUCUAGUGAUCCUAGUAAAUAAUAACCGGCAUAGUCAUAGAAUUGGUUGGUUCAGCAUGAAGUCCAUGCUCCAAGAUAUUUCUUGAUGCGACUAUGGCACCUUCAUCUUUAAGCACUUUGCCAUCCUGGAGGAGAGCAAUUACUACAAUUCCUGAGAUCUACUGUACUGAAAGAUGUGGGCACAAUGCUCUUUGUAUUAAGGAAGAACUUAUCAUUUGGGGUGGCUAUAAUGAUUCCCCUGAUGGCUCGAUGUACUGUGAUAACAUUGUGCUUUGGAAUUACAAUUUGGAUUUUGACAAAUGGUAUAUGGCAUGUUUCCUGACAUGUGGGAACAUGCCUGAUUAUAGAUCUGGGGCAUGCAGUGCUUGCAUCUGGCCUUACUGGUACAUCUUCUGUGGACACACCCAUGCAGGAGAUGUCAAUGACAUAUACAGGAUCAACCUGCUGACUCUAUUCUGGGAACGUUUGAAAACAUUAGGAACAGAUUUGUCCCCUCGAGACAAAGCUUCCUCUUGGGUGUAUCACAACAGAAUUUACAUCUUUGGUGGAUAUGGCACAACUCCUUAUACAUAUCUGUGGGAUAAAGAAGAAGAUAAGUUUGCCUUAGAAGUCAUGAAUGAUCGAGGAUGGAAUAAUCAAGUAUUAUAUUUUGACAUUGAAGGACGCAGAUGGGUGAGGGUGUCUUGUAAGGGCUCUAAGCCAAGGGCAAGGGCCGCACAGUCCACUGUCCUUGUGGGGAAAACUGUCUACCUGUUUGGUGGGCGUCAUCAAGCCCUCAGGUUAAAUGACUUGUAUUGUCUCGACAUGGAAUCUCUCACUUGGAGUGGAAGCAUCUCCUGCUCUGGCCCUGUACCUGAAGCCAGGUCCUGGCACACAAUGUCCAACAUUGGCAAAAGUCAGCUCAUCCUGUAUGGGGGCUUUAACAAUGGCAACCAACCACUGGAUGAUGUAUGGCUUUUAAAUGUGGCCAGUUUUUCCUGGACACUUUUGAAGCAAAGCACAGGUUUCCCUCGCCUUUGGCAUACAGCUUCAGUGAAUUCUUAUGGGGACCUACUCAUUUUUGGAGGCUGCAGCAGUAACAUUGUGGAUAAUGUACAGCCUCUGGUUACAAGCGAUCUAGUCAUUCUACUGAGAGUUGAACCCUUUUCCUUAGAAAGGCUGUGUAUUCAUGCCCUCUACAAAUCUAAAGACAUUACCAAAGAGUCAUGGGAAACAUUACCAACAUCUCUACAAGAAUGGUUGCGCCAGAGAACAAAUGAGUCAGACUCCUACACUCCCUCCUACUACAAGAACAAUGUUGUCUCUUGCUGUGGACCAGGGAUUUCCCAGCUUGCUUUGUUAACUGAAACAGAAGCUCACAAACUCAAUGAUAACAAAAGAUUACAAGGUUGUGUUGCCUUCUAACUUAUAUCAAAACAGAUUUUAUAUGGGACAAAAUAUACCAAGACAAUAUUUGAGGUGAUUUCAGGAUAAAGUAUCCUUGUACAACACUUGAUGACCAGAUAUUUUUCCUCAGAACUAUACAUCUGAUUGGUUAAAAUUAAAUUGGUUAAAAUUAAAUUAAAAUGAAAGGAAGCUGAUUGUAGAUCAUUUGUACUUGUGUGUAGUGGGCUAAUCAUGCAAUACCUCAUCAUUGUAAUUACAUCUGCUGAUUCACUGCUAUAAAAUUUAUGGCAUUUCUUUUGUAUAUAUAAUAUAUUAAAUUAUAAUUAUUUUAAACACAUUGAUCUUAUAGGCCAGUUCAGUUUUUAUUAUUUAUUUUAAAAAUUUGAUUUAAAAAAAAAUUGGUUAUAGAAUCACAGUUAAGAUUUUCUGAAUGUUAUUAACAUCUGUUGUCCUCAUCCAUCCGCAAAAUAAAUGUUUACUUUUGUGAGAAUUCGAUAAGUUUAGAGAUAUUGUUUCAAGCAGUACGCUGUAUAUCAGUGGUGAGUUGUUUCAAGUAAGAAAUGCCAACUUGCCGUUCACUUUUAUAUACAGGUUGUUUUGUUUUAUGACAAUAAAUAUCUCAAGUGAUAAAAUAUGUAUGUGUGUGUAUGUUGUUAUGUCUUGUUUUAUACGGUGUUAGAAGUUUCCGUAAUUAGAAACUGAUAUCUACUUAAAAUAUUCAUACUGUAUGGAGAAAGAGAUAUUGAUAUUACAUUAACUACCCACAGAAUACAUAGUUCAUAUUGUAACAUACUGUCACUAUUAUGAGUUGUAUGUAAUUAAAGGCUUUAAGUAUCAUACAAAUAAAAA